AUGAGAACUUGGAAAUACGAAGUGUUCAUAAGUUUCAGAGGUGACGAUACAAGAAAAGGUUUCACUGCUAAUCUUUUUUCAGCUCUUGAACGAAAAGGCAUUUUUGCCUUUAGAGAUGAUCGACAGCUUCAGAAAGGAGAUUCCAUUUCAGGAGAGCUUGUCAAAGCAAUAAAGCAAUCCAGGAUUCAUAUCGUUGUCUUUUCCAAGCGUUUCGCUGAUUCUACGUGGUGCGUGGAAGAAUUGGCAAAUAUCUCUGAACUCAUCUUCUUCGAAUCUGGAUACACUGUUAUACCAGUUUUUUAUGAUGUAGAUCCAUCUGAGGUACAACAUCAAAGUGGGAAUUUUAAAGAAGCCUUUGAUAUACAUGAGCAGAACUUUAGUGAUAAUAUAGACAAGGUACAAAGAUGGAGGCUAGCUUUGACUCAAGUAGCGACUCUCCCUGGCUGGGAUGUACGGAAUAAAUCAGAAAAGGAAAUCAUUGACAACAUUGUUAACAAAGCAAUUAGCGAAUUGGGGCAUAGAUUCUCAAGUUUGGCUGAUGAUCUUGUAGGGAUGCAAUCUCAUGUAGAAGCUUUAGAAAACCUUUUAAAUUUGGAAUCAUCAAAUGAUGUUCGAUUCGUAGGAAUCACUGGAAUCCCUGGAAUUGGGAAGACUACUCUUGCUGCAGUUGUGUAUGACAGAAUCUCCUACCAAUUUGAUGCUUCUUGUUUCCUUCACAAUGUGAGUGAAGCAUAUAUUGUCCAUCUACAACAACAGCUUCUUUCUGAAAUCCUAAAGACAAAUGUACGUGUGAGAAACACUUACGAGGGAAGGAAUAUCAUGAGUUGGAAGCUUUCAAACCUUAAAAGUCUUGUAGUUGUAGAUAACAUUAAUAGUCUAUCACAAUUGGAGAAUUUGGUUGGAAGGCUAGCAUGGUUUGGUCAAGGGAGUAGAAUCAUCAUAACAACUAGAUAUGAACAUAUUCUAUAUCAUCAUACACAUCAAGUGUCCAAAGUUUAUAGGGUUGAACUAUUAAAGGAUCAUGAAGCUCUUCAGCUUCUUUGUUUAAAAGCUUUCAAUUGUGAUUAUCCCUUGAACGAUUUUCGAGAGUUGACCCAUGGUGUAUUGCAAUAUGCUAAAGCCCUUCCAUUAGCGAUCAAAGUGUUUGGUUCCCAUUUAAUUGGGAAACAAGAAUCAGAAUGGAGAACUGAGCUAGAGAGAUUGAAAGAAAUUCCUAACAGAGAUGUCAUGAAAUUUCUUCAAAGAAGUUAUGAUGAGCUAGAUGAAUUGAAGAAAGAAAUAUUUCUUGAUAUUGCUUGCUUCUUUAAUGGAGCAAACGUGAACUAUGUUGCAAAUAUUCUACAAUAUCAUGGGUUUGUACUUGAAUAUGGAAUUAGACUUCUCCAUGAUAGGUCACUCAUAAGCAUUGUCAAUGGCACACUUUGGAUGCAUGAUUUGUUGCAAGAACUUGGAAGGAAAAUUGUUCAUGAACAAUCUAUCAAGCAUUCGAAAAAGAGAAGUAGGUUAUGGUCCUACCUGGAUCUUCGAGACAUAAACAGAGGAAUGGAAAAUGUUGAAGCAAUCGUUUUGAACCAAGAAGUUGGAUCAGAGAGUCCAUUAAAGGCUGAAGUUUUAUCACAGAUGAGCUACCUGAAAUUGCUUAUACUGCCUCCCAUGAAGUUUUCAGGAAACUUGAAUGAUCUUUCCAACCAAUUACGAUAUCUUUCAUGGCCAAGAUAUCCAUUCAACUAUUUACCUUCAAGAUUUAAUCCAAAAUAUCUUAUUGAGUUGAUCAUGUCAGACAGUGAAAUAAGAUAUUUGUGGGAAGGGAAAAAGAGCUUGCCAUGUUUGAGAAGCAUAGAUCUUCAUGGUUCUAAAAGUCUGGUUGAGACUCCAGAUCUUAGUGGGGCAGUAAAUCUUAAGAAACUAAAUCUUGAAGGAUGUAUUGGAUUAUUGCAGGUUCAUGCAUCAAUUGGAGAUCUUAACAAGCUAUUAUUCUUGAAUAUGAGAAACUGUAGUAAUUUAAUUUGUAUUCCAAGUAGCUUGUUUUUGUUAAGAUCUCUUGAAACCUUCAAUCUCUGCCAUUGUUCAAGACUCCGGGAAAUUUUUCAAGUGAAGGAUCUCUAGAGAACAAAUAUCUCCUUUGUCUUUUCCCACACAAGAUGCACAGACAAUAAGAGACACAAUGGGGAGCUUCAUUACAUGGUCGUGCCACUUUGUUUCAGUGACAAAGGCAAAGGCAGCGAAGUAGCCAAAGCCGAGAGAGUCAAAGAGAAAGAGCCUCUUAAAAGGUAGGAUGUCAAGGAAUAACAAAGAGUCAGCCAGGUUUCCAUCGAAUGGUUGUGUCUCUUAAUGUUGGAAACACAUUCCCUGCCUCACUUGAGACUUAUGCUAAGGUUACUAAGAUGGCAUGUAAUGAAUCACUUGGGGAUAUCAUUACUUUUUUAGGAUGGGCUAUACAACAUAUAAGGCUCGUUUGAUUUUGUCUAGGAUGAAAUUUUAAAUGAAAUUUUGAAGCACAAUAUAAUAAGCACUAGUUUGAUGAGCUUCUAUAUCAGGUACUUUUAUAACACAUUCAUGGUCCCUCGUGGCAUUGAAUUGAUGAUGUUCAAGCUAGUUAGUCCCUAUGAAGUCUCUCCUCACAAUGACAUUAUUGUUGAAACUCUUGAAGAUCAAGCAACUGUGAUGAUGUAACCAUGCUGCAGUCGAAAAGCUCAUCCCCAGCCCCUUGAAGGCAAACGACUCUAUAUACACAUGGAAUUAAGUAAAUUGUUCACUAUAGCCAGAUUAGAGUUAGGAUUGCAGCUAUUUCCUGAUGAAAUUCAUGAAAGAUAUCAUUGCUCAUGUCCCUGAGACAAUCCCUGAUGAGUAUUUCAAAGACAUCUAUUGUGUAAGGUAUGCAGCUGGUCAUAUUGAAAGAAUCCUUUAAGAAUUGGUCAUGAUGUUCCAGCAAUGAAUAGUGCGCCAAUCACUAAGCCCACUUACUUUAGGAGUUUAGUACAUAACUUUGGCCAAUUUUGAUGUGUUAGGCCACUUAGUUGAGGAAUUUUGAUUGUUUAGAGAUUUUGCAAACGCGUAUGGGAAUGUUUU